UGAAUUGUCUGAAACAAAUGCUGUCUGCUCUAGUCGUAACGUUUAAUUCCUGUUUGCAAAAGUUGUUUGAAAAUUUCAAGCAUCAGUACUUUUGAAAUAUGAACACUGGUGCAAUGUAAGAAUAUUUCAGAUAAUUAUUUUAAACAAACGUAUAAAUGCAUCACUCAUUUGUCUUCGGAUCUAGAAAACAACGUAUAAGAAAAUUUCGGCUUGUCUACCUCGAGUUGCGGCUUAUGCUUCACACUGUUUUAUGAUCUAAUUUAAAUACGCUUUUCAUGUUGUUUACGAAAUGCUUGCGCGCCAUUAAUGCAUUGAACUUCACUUUUAAAACAAAACAUUUUUGGCCUGUGAUAUUUACAUAUCAAAGUUUUCAAAACACCAGUCCAAACAGCAUAAUAGUCCCCCCUGUCGGAAAUUUAGUCUUUCAAGCAGAAGUUGGCAGUUUGCAGGCAGUAUGCAAUACAAUCCAGCACCAAUUGGAGUCGAAGUCCGAGGGAUAGAUUUAAAGCAGCAUGUUCCUGAUCAAAUCAUUCAGCAGAUAAAGAAGGAUGUUCACAAACACCGACUACUUAUCUUCAAAAAUCAAGGUAUCAUUAGUGCAGACAGGCAUGUGGAAAUUUCACGGUGGUUUGGGGAGCUGGAGUCGACGUUCUACAAGCACCCCAAAUCGCCACACCCAGAUGUUUUCCGAGUGUCAAAUUGCGAAGAAGAAGGCUGUACGAACGUAGGUCGCACAGGAUGGCAUAUUGAUGGAAGCUUCAUGGAGAAACCUUUUAGCUAUGCUCUCUAUCAUAUGGUUGCAGUUCCAAAGAAUGGGAAUACAGCAUUUGUCCCCUUGAAGGAGCUAGUGGAAAGUUUGUCAGAAGAGACACGUGUUCAAUGGGAAAGGUUGUGGCGUACCGAUCAUCACUAUCAAGUGAUCCAUCCUUUGAUUUACCAACAUCCUGUCACUGGAGACCCGACCCUUUGUUUCCAUCUUGGCAUGACCGGGUGUUUUAUAUUGGACUAUGACACAAAGAACGCAAAGCGAACGAACAGGAGAGAAACACAUCAAAUCUUGCAGGAAAUGUUUGAGGAAAUCACUAAAAACAAUAAUCGACUUGUUUAUUCACACAAGUGGGAAGUUGGAGAUUUCAUCAUCUCAGAUAACUUAGCCGUCGGCCAUGAGGCCACACCCGAAACCCAGCUGUCUGUGGAGGAGGUGGGGUUGAGAGUGCUGCACAGGACGACAGUGGCAGGCAAGUGGACUCCAGUCAAGUCCAGAAAGACAGAACAGUGAAUUCUGGGAUGUGUGAACUCUAUUUCUUGUAGGCAGAAAUCAACGCAUAGAAAAUAAAACAGACCACCUGCUC